GUUUGUGUUUGCCUUUUUGCCGAGUUAAUAUUUAUAAUUGUGUUUCCCUCCUUAAACUAUUAGUUUUUGUUAGUUAGUUUUUUAAGUGUAGGUAGUUAUAAAUUUAUAAACUAUAAAGUGAAAAUAUGAAUUUCGAAAUGAGCCGUUAUGAAUUGGAAGAUGAGAAUGAGGAGUCUCAGCUAUCAGUGGAAAACUCUGAGCUUGAAAGCCAACCUACAGCUCCAUCGUAUGGAGAAAUGGACCACGGCCUCCUUAUUGAGGCAAUUCAAGGUUUCCCAUAUAUUUUUGAUUUAGGGAACAAAGAAUACAAAAAUAAUAAAAAAAAGCAACUGGCUUGGCAACAAAUAUCAGAGGUUGUUAAUUGUAGUGGUAGAACUUACACUACAACAAACAAAGAAGGCAGGAGACCAUCGAGCCAGUUGUCGGGGGAAAGUAGGCCUUCCUCCUCAUCUUCAGUCUGGAGUUCAUAUAGCCAAAUUAGGUCCCCAACUGAGGUGGUAGAAGAUGGGGAAACCCCAGGACCCUCGAAAAGGGCAAAUACCCCAACUGAAGCCCAUAAAAAUAUUACAACAGAAGCCCCAGGACGCUCGAAGACACCAAACACCCCAGCUGUUGGUGGGACCCCUCUUUCAGCCUUUGGACAUGACAAAAAGAGAAAAAGGGCCCAAGAUAUUGUCGGGGAGGUUGGACCGAUUGUUGGGGUUGCCAAUUCUAUAAUGGAACGAUUAAGUAAAAAAGAACAAAAUGUAAACAGCACAUUUGUUGCAUAUGUUUAUGAAGAACUCCACAAAAUGAGUGAAGUGGACGCAAAAAAAAAGAAAACAAAUAUUAAAAAUUUUAUUUGA